AGACAGCUGCGUGAAUGGGUCGGCCUCGCAGAUAAAAACGACUUUCGAAACCGAGACUCCGUGGGCAAGUUCAAAACCUUAAAAAAAAGGAAAUGCUUUGUCUACGAUCAGUGAUAACAUUUAAAGUAUCUGUCGGCGCAGAUGCAGAAUGCAGGAAGCAACAAUGUGUCCUGCAAAUAACGGAUGUGUUAUUGGCCGCGGAGGUUUGACGUGAGUGAGGUUGCACCGGGUCCUAUCGCUGGUUUGGCGGAAAGACCGCGACUUCAGUUUGAUUUUACAAGGGUCCACAGACACAGCAGCAGUCUGCCGCUACGAGAGGACCAGAAAUCUGCAGCUCACAGAAUGAAGAGAUCAAAAUGAUGCUGCCUCUAAAAAGGGAUUAAACUCUGGGCGCCACCUCGCUGGGAUCCGCUGCUGGUGGAUAAUACAGAUUUGCCACCGGGAGUUGAGAAAGGAGACAUGCCGUCGCUGAGCAUCCGUUGCGACGCUUGACUGACCAUGAUGAAGACCGAAUCCACAUCCAAGAGCACCGGCUCUGGCUCCACGCUCAGGAGCCCAUCCCCGCACAGGAACGCGUACGAGGCGGGGAUGCAGGCCCUGAAGCCCGUCAAAGACAAUGCUGCAAAUGGGGAUAUGCAGGAGGGCCCCCGAGGGCGCAGGUACGGCUCUAACGUGCACCGUAUCAAAAACAUGUUCCAGCAGAUGCAGACCAUAUCCCCAGCCGACGCAGAGGGAGAGGACAACGCAAGGAGCGCCGACAAAACGGUCCGCCUCUCCCUGCCCAGAGCCGGGAGCCUGAACGAGAACGUGGACCACAGCGCGCUGCUGAAGCUCGGAUCCACCGUGUCCGAGCGCGUCAGCAAGUUCGACACUAAGCCGGAGAAUGGGCACCAGCGGGCCUCGUCGCCCAGCUACUCCAAGCUGCAGGAGACACGCCGCAUCUUUGAGGAGAAGCAGCAGCAGGAAAAGCUGCAGCAGGAGAAGCUGGCCACUACCAGGGUCUUGCUGAAGACAGAUAAGGCCUCGGGCUUUCAGGAUGGCAGGUUGGACAUGGUGGCUCGUUUUAAUGGCAGCACAGAGUCCCUGGACAGCCUGGACACUAGUGAAGCAGUGUCCCCUACAGUCAGCCAGCUCAGUGCUGUGUUUGAAAGGGCAGCCGAGCUCCGGAACAACCUCCACCGUCUCUCCUCUACACCACCACUCCCUUCCAGAGGGGUCAGCGCCAAGGUAGGUGUGUUGAACUCCAAGAUAAUCACAAAGAGGGUCAGUGCCUUUGCAUCAGGCAACCAGGGGGAUGAGAUAAGCAGUCAGAAGGGACAGGAGACACCGCCGAGGGGCCCCAGAGGAAGGGUGACUCCCCCAUCUGAAAGCAUUAAUGGGGGCCAGAGUGUUGGCCAGUAUGCCUCAACUGCUGAACUUUCCAGUAAUGUAGGAGACCCAAAUGAACAGAGAGAAAAGACUGUUUCAGAUGCAGGUGUUGAGGCCAAAGUUGAUGUUAAACAUGAGGAACACUCUGGGUCCAGUGAGCUCAGCAGCACAACACUGCAAGGUGACAUCUACAACUCUGUGCAGAAUGGAGAAACUGCUGCAGAGAAGCAAAGCUCUCCAAAGAGUGGCGAGAUGGUCAGGCAGGAGGAGCUGGAAGACAGGACUCUCAGAGAAGACCAGUCAGGCCGGGACUCUGUGGAUAUCAGUACCUACAGUGCGGUGGGGGAGGACUAUGAAGGGAGCCAGAAGGAUGAGGAAGAAGAAGACGAGGGCGAUGACCGGUACGAGCCAGAGUCCAGCUGUGUGGAGAUUUCUGGGCUGCCUACGGAAGAGGAUCCGCCCCCUUCAAGAAAGAUUCGCUUCAGCAUAGAGCCCAUCAAGGUGUUUGCCACCUAUUCCAACGAGGACUACGACAGACGUAAUGAAGAUGUGGAUCCCAUGGCAGCAUCUGCUGAGUACGAGCUGGAGAAACGAGUGGAGAGGCUGGACCUGUUCCCUGUGGAGCUGGAGAAAGAUGGUGAUGGCCUGGGCAUCAGUAUCAUCGGGAUGGGUGCAGGCGCUGACAUGGGCCUGGAGAAACUGGGCAUCUUUGUGAAGACUGUCACAGAAGGAGGAGCAGCGCACAGAGAUGGCAGGAUCCAGGUGAAUGAUCUAAUUGUGGAGGUGGAUGGGACCAGUUUGGUGGGAGUCACCCAAAGCUUUGCCGCCUCUGUACUCAGGAACACCUCGGGAACUGUCAAGUUUGUGAUUGGACGAGAGAAGCCGGGCGAACAGAGCGAAGUGGCCCAGCUCAUCCAGCAGACCUUGGAGCAAGAGCGCUGGCAGAGGGAGAUGAUGGAGCAGCGCUACAACCAGUACAUGGACGAACAAGAGGGUGGGGAAUAUGGCACAGACGAGGAAGAGGAUGAUGACGAGGAAGCUAGUCCACCAUAUCCCACAGCCAUCGAGGUGUUUGACUUGGCGGAGAACGAGGACAUGUCUCCUCUGGAGACAGACCCUGAGAAACUGGCCCAUAAAUAUAAAGAGCUCCAAAUAAAGCAUGCUGUCACCCAGGCUGAGAUCCAGCAGCUGAAAAGAAAGCUGCACCACGCAGAGCAGGAGAAGCAGCGCUGGCGUAUGGACAAGGCCCAGCUGGAGCAAACCCUGCAGGAGAACAAGGAGCGCAUGGAGAAGCUGGAGGGCUAUUGGAUGGAGGCUCAGAGCCUGUGCCAGGCAGUGGAUGAGCAUUUGAAGGAGACGCAGGCCCAGUAUCAGGCCCUGGAGCGCAAAUACAGCAAAGCCAAACGUCUGAUUAAGGAGUAUCAACAAAAGGAGAUUGAGUACCUGAAGAAGGAGACCCAGCGCUGCGCACAAGUUGGGGCUGAGGCCACCCUUCUGAAAGAGGAGUCGGGCCAACUCCAGGAACAGGUGGCUGACCUGGAGUGCCGGGUGGAGGAGCUGAAAUCUGAACCAUUAUAAAAGCCUUUUUCUAAUAAAUGUAGAACUUCACCAGAUGACGGAGUGUUCAAAGUACUUGCAACGAACUGCAGGGUAACUUGGUGUGUGGUCGCAUACUGUAUGUGCCCAUCAGGCUUUGUGUUUCAGCCACUUAACCCUUUUAACCAUGUUUUUCUGUUGACAUUUAUGGGAACAUGCAGAGCUGCUUUAUCAUCACAAACGGACACCGUUGAGCUCUAGAUGUGCUGUUCCUUUUUCAUUUUCAGAGUUCAGUAUUUUCUCCCUUAAUUUGUGAUUCUUGUGACAGACCAGCUGUUGCUUUUUAAUUGCCAAAAAACAAAAAUCCUUUCUUUCUUUUGCCUAGUUUUGUGACUUUUCUUUCUGAGUUUGUACAGAUGUGAUACUGUGUGGUUUAACAAUCAAGUUUGGUUUGUAAAAAUCUUCAUGUGUAUAACAUUUCACAUAAUAUAAACUAAUGAGAUUUGAGGGUUGUUGUAUAUUUUGCGUGACGACGACGAUGUAAAUUGGGUGGAGAGCGCACUGAAGACGACAACAAUGGUGCUUUACCGGAUUGGAGGAAUAAACGGGAACAAGUCUGACGUGUCUUCAAAACUGUACAGUAGCCCAGCCUUCAUAGGGGUCUCGUCACAUAACCUUUAGAACCACCUGCUGCCUACCUUUCAGAUGUGUUGGUGUAUUUUUUACACAUUAGGACUCGUGAAUGAGCGACCGAUCCUCUGGUUUCAACCCCUCACUUCUUUAAAAAAAAAGGACCAUGGAAACAAGCCUCCACAACUGCUGUGCCACAAACAAUGGAUCUCUUGUCCCCCCCUUUCAAAUGGAUGUUGUCAUGGACUCGUAGAACUGGAAUUAGUUAGGACUACUGAUGUAAGAAACAUUACCGGACUGGGAAGUCAAAGAAGCCGUUACCAGCAGCAAAGUUUUAGAUACCAGGAGCUCGUCUCUAACCAGCAGCUGCACGUGACACCGCUGUGUGUAGCACAUGGAAAACACUGCCAGGUUUCUACCUGUUUCAGUUUACGCACAGUUUAAAUCAAACUGAAUCUUACUCGUGUCAACUGUCAUACCAGUAUGUUUGUAUAGUUCAGGUCAGGCUGAAAUAUUUUAAUUUUACUUAGUAUUUAUAAUAUAGUCAAGGUGGAAAUAUGAGCUAACAAGGACAAAUAGUGACAAAAGCAAUGCAAAAAUUAAUGUCCAAUAAACAAAGUUAUACUGUGUCAUGUAAGAAAAAACAUAGUAGAUCUGACUACAAAACUACAAAAACUUAAGACUUAAUUGAAAAAAAAAAAAAACAGGCAUGGUUAUGAGUAUUUUCAUAAUAUAAAGGCUUGUACAGUGCACAUGCUUUGCAUUGUAUGUUUUGUGGAAUAAA